AUGGUCAAGGAGACAAAGCUCUACGAUGCCCUUGGCGUCUCGCCAACCGCAACAGAGGCAGAAUUAAAGAAGGCAUACAAGACAGGAGCUUUGAAAUGGCACCCUGAUAAGAAUGCCCACAACCCCGGAGCCGAGGAAAAGUUCAAGGAGAUCUCACACGCCUACGAAAUCCUAUCCGACCCCCAGAAGCGUCAAGUCUACGAUCAAUAUGGUGAAGCCGGCCUCGAGGGAGGUGCCGGAGGCGGCGGCAUGGCUGCCGAGGAUCUCUUCGCACAGUUCUUCGGCUCAGGCUCAUUCGGCGGCGGUCUUGGCGGCAUGUUCAGUGGGAUGGGUGGCGGACCCCGUGGUCCGCCCAAGGCGCGCACUAUCCACCACACCCACAAGGUAUCCCUGGAAGACAUUUACCGGGGUAAGAUCUCUAAGCUAGCCUUACAACGGUCUGUCAUUUGCCCCAAGUGUGAGGGUCGCGGUGGUAAGGAAGGUGCUGUUCGACGUUGCCCUGGCUGUGAUGGUCACGGUAUGAAGACUAUGAUGCGACAAAUGGGUCCGAUGAUCCAACGCUUCCAAACCGUCUGUCCUGAUUGUAACGGAGAGGGCGAGAUUAUUAAGGAGAAGGACCGCUGCAAGUCGUGCAAUGGCAAGAAGACUAUCGUCGAUAGGAAAGUACUUCACGUUCACGUCGACCGUGGUGUUAGAAGCGGCACGAAAGUCGAGUUCAGGGGUGAAGGUGACCAAGCUCCUGGUGUCCAGGCUGGAGAUGUCGUCUUUGAGAUUGAACAGAAGCCACACCCGCGGUUCACCCGGAAAGAAGACGAUCUACUCUACCGCGCCGAGAUCGAGCUUGUCACAGCUCUAGCUGGUGGUACGAUCUACAUUGAACAUCUGGACGAGAGAUGGCUGAGUGUUGAGAUCCAACCCGGCGAGGCUAUCGCACCAGAUGCUGUCAAGAUGUUAAGAGGACAGGGUAUGCCUUCUCACAGGCAUCACGAUUAUGGCAACAUGUACAUACAGUUUUCUGUUAAGUUCCCCGAACGUAACUGGACAGAUGACCCUGCCGCCUUCGAGGGUCUGCGUAAGAUUCUUCCCGCUCCAUCUCUCCAGAACAUUCCUCCUGCGGAUGCUAUGACGGAUAGCGUAGAACUAGAGGAUUUAGACAACCAAGGACAGGCCCGAGCAUUUGGUGGCGGCGCAGGAGGCAUGGACGAAGAGGAUGAAGACGGUCACCCUCACGCUGAACGCGUGCAAUGCGCAUCCCAAUAGACGAUAUAUCUAAUGGGGAAGAUUAUUGGUUCGGCUGUGGGUAAAGUACCGCACAGUAUUUCGUGCCUCGCAUAAUUUGCCUAUACUCCUACACUAUCAGCGAUUUUCUUCCGGUUGAGUUGGUAGAGAGGAAGAGCUUAUUUACGGCGUAGCGUUUCUGUGGCUUAAGGACACGAAUGAUUUGCAUGUCAGGGGCGAGCGGGGAAGAAGAGGAGUCUGCUAUACGGAUGAUAUGAACAAGGGUCCGCUAUUCUGGUAGGAGGGCAAGGUUCACUUUUUUCUCUGCAGCUCUUUUUUUAUCAUCGAUUACACCGAGCGUCAUCCCGCACGUGAGGCUCUUGCGAAUUUGGCGUUCGACGGACAUAGAGAGAGGAAUCAGGACAGACGCGCUUUAUACAUGAUUGCGAUAUUGGCAUUGAUUGCAUUGAAAACGAUUAUAUCCCAACUACGUUGCCGUAUCGACGUUUGUGACCCUUGCU